AUGGAUUCAAAAGUUGUUCUAAAGGACAAAAAUCCCCAUGACAAAGCUAAUAUUUUCUCGAAAAUAUUUUUAUGGUGGAGUUUUGGUCUCUUUCGUAAAGGAUAUAAGCAAGGCCUUACAAUAGAAGAUCUGUUUCAAGCGCGUGAUAGCGAUCACUCAGGGCGACUCGGCGACCGCUUGGAAGAGGCGUGGCAAAAAGAACUUGAUAACGCUCGUCGCACAGAUUCAAAACCUUCACUUGCGAAAGCUAUAAUAAGGUCAUUUUGGCUUGAAUACAUGCUAUGUGGGUUUUUGACUGGCAUAUUGUUUAUAAUUUUAUGGCCAUUAAUUCCGUUCACACUGGCAUUAUUUAUUGGAUAUUUUUCCGAUGAAAAGACUCCAGAAAAUUACAGAAAUGCUCAUAUUAAUAACUUUCUGAUGAAUUUCUUAAGUGUUUCAACAUCCCUUAUGUUGAAUCAUGCACAAUUAGCUCAAGGUUGCGUUGGAAUGAAAGUAAGAAUUGCUUGCUGCUCUUUACUGUAUAGAAAGAUAUUGAAACUCAGUUGUUCGGGUCUGGGCAAAACAGAGCCCGGACAGGUGAUAAAUUUAAUGUCAAACGACGUUAACCGUUUUGAUAUAGCAGCUCCAUUUUUGCACUAUAUAUGGAUUAUGCCGAUCGUGGUACCAGUAGUAUCGUAUCUCGUGUGGCAGCAUGUUGGACUGGCGACGCUAGCAGCGCUUGCCGUUAUAUUUCUUCAGACUGUUGUUGUUCAAGCAUACUUAAGUAACCUUCAAGGCAAAUUCAGAGGCAAAAUUGCUAAGCGAACUGAUGAAAGAGUUAAAGUGAUGAGUGAACUCGUGAACGGAGUCCAAGUCAUAAAGAUGUACGCUUGGGAGAAACCCUUUGAGAAGUUGGUGGAUAAACUAAGAAGAUUGGAAGUGAGUUAUAUAUUGAAGACUUCUCUUAUUAAAGGGUUCUCGACUGCUCUUAGCGUGUUCACGGAGCGUUUCAUCUUAUUCUCGGCAAUCGUAACAUUCGUCUUGUUGGGCGGUAAUAUUCGUGCCGAAAUAACAUUUUCUCUAGUGCAAUACUUCAAUCUUUUGCAGCUUGCCUGCAACAUAUGUUUCCCAAUGGCUCUAGCAUUUUUGGCGGAAUCCAUGGUCUCCGUACGAAGAUUAGAGGAAUUCCUCUUGUUAGAUGAACUAAAAUCAUUUAAAGCUAAGGAACUUUCCUCUGACUCUAAAGGCCCAAUUACUAAUGGCGUGGAUAAAGAAAAACAGUCUGAGAAGGACAAACCAAAUCCAACAGGGUUGAUACUGACCAACGUUAGUGCCAGUUGGUCGCAGAACCCUAUCGUAGAGACUUUGAGAAAUAUAACGUUGAAUGUAAAGCCCGGAGAGUUUGUAGGUGUCGCAGGACUUGUUGGAUCAGGAAAGUCAAGCCUGUUGCAACUAAUUCUGGGUGAGUUAGAACCAUCGCACGGGACCAUAUGUUUGGGCGGUGCGCGAAUAUCGUACGCAAGCCAGGAGCCGUGGCUAUUCGUUGCUACCGUGCGUCAGAAUAUUCUGUUCGGACUGCCCUACGAUCGCGUGCGUUACAAAAAGGUAGUUUCGGCAUGUGCAUUACUUCGUGAUUUUGAGUUGCUGCCGGCUGGUGACGCAACAUUGGUGGGUGAACGAGGCAUCAGCUUGAGUGGAGGCCAACGUGCCCGUAUUGGUCUAGCCCGAGCUUGCUACAGACAGGCAGAUCUAUACCUUUUGGACGACCCGCUGUCGGCUGUGGACACUCACGUGGGCAAACAUCUAAUAUCCGAGUGCAUCACCGGCCUCCUGCGGAACACCACACGCAUCCUAGUAACCCAUCAGCUGCAUCAUCUUAAGGCAGCCGACAAUGUCAUAAUUCUACGCAGUGGAGAAAUUGAAACUCAAGGCACCUUUGAAGAAGUAUCCCGCUCACCGUUGUUCGAGGAACUGCUAGAGGAAGAUGAACAAUCCGAGGCUGAAGACAAUAACACCGCGAAGGGGCGCACACAACUUCUAAGACAGCGUACUAUGUCAAUAAAGUCGUACACCAGUGUCAAUAGUACGGUUGCGGAAUAUGGCAAUGAAAAUGAGGAAGAACCCGAAGAAACCGCCGAGCUUAUGGAAAAAGGGCGCGUGUCUGGUUCCGUGUACGUGAAGUACUUCCGUGCGGGCGGCGGCUGGGCGCUGCUAGCUCUCGCGCUCGUGUCCAUUUUACUGGCACAGGUUGUAACCUCCAUCAGCGACCUCUGGCUCACGCAUUGGAUGAACGACGUGGAAGCGAAACACUUACGAUUCGAAGACGAGAAAUCCAAUGCUUAUUACACGAUCACCAACAACGAGACAAACGUAAUCAACGAGACAUCAGAAUCACUAAUCGUGGAUGAUACAACCACAAACCAAGUUUCACCAACAACAAUGAAUCCAAACCUUACCGUCAUAGGCACAAUGGUUAAAACAGCACUAACUAUACAGAAUAUUACUUCGGGGGAGGAACCAUUAGACCAUUCUUUUUAUAUCUACAUUUGGGCGGGCGCUAUACUUGGAUGCAUAUUGCUUACAACUGAAAGAUCUCUGCUGUUUCUUUGGAUAUGCAUGCGCGGUUCUAUAAAGUUGCACAAUUUAAUGUUUAGUAACAUUCUGGCGGCCACAAUGCGCUUCUUUGACACUAACCCAUCAGGACGAAUUCUAAACCGAUUUUCCAAAGACAUGGGCAUUGUUGAUGAGAUAUUACCGAGAAUGAUCUUGGACAGUUUGCAGGUGUUUAUGGUUAUGCUGGGAAUUUUAGUAAUGGUGGCUAUAGUGAACCCGUACAUGUUGCUUACGACCGCUGUCUGCGGCUUGUUUAUGUACAUGUGGACUCUGGUCUACCUCAGCACAGCGCAAGCCAUUAAGAGAGUGGAAGGCGUGUCUCGAAGUCCCGUAUUCUCACACGUAUCGGCCAGUAUGGCGGGUCUGACCACAAUCCGCGCGAGUAAGGCUGAAGAGAUGCUCCGCAUACAGUUUGACGAAAAACAAGACGUGCACACGGCUGCAUGGUACUUGACACUAACAUCAAACACCGCUUUCUCAAUAUGGUUAAGUCUUAUAUCGGCCGUCUAUGUUAUUGUUGUGGCCUAUACGUUCCUUUUAUUGGAUGAUGGGGCAACGAAGUCCGGUAACGUAGGGUUGGCAUUGUCUCAAGGCUUGAUCCUUGUGAACAUGGUGCAAUACGGCGUCAAGCAGGCGACUGAGGUGGUAUCUCAGAUGACGAGCGUGGAGCGCGUGGUGCAGUUCACGUCGCUGCCGCAGGAACAGGCGGACGGCCCGGCACCGCCGCCCGGCUGGCCGCAGCGGGCCCGGCUUGUCUUCAAGGACCUUUACCUGCGUUACGACAUGGAAGCUGAACCAGUACUGAAGAAUCUAAACAUUAUUAUCGAGAGCGGUUGGAAGGUCGGUAUCGUGGGACGUACGGGAGCGGGUAAAUCAUCACUCAUAUCGGCUUUGUUUCGCCUGGCACCCAUUGACGGCCACGUGUAUAUCGACGAUGUCGAUACCGGGAAAAUCGCCCUCAAGGAGCUUAGAUCCAAGAUCGCCAUCAUUCCUCAGGAGCCGGUGUUAUUCUCUGCCAGUUUGCGAUACAACAUGGAUCCAUUUGACAAGUACACUGAUGCCGACAUAUGGCAGGCGUUAGAACAGGUGGAGUUGAAGCAGAGCGUGACGUCACUGUCGGCGGCGGUGGCAGCGGGCGGCUCCAACUUCAGCGCGGGCCAGCGCCAGCUGCUGUGCCUGGCGCGCGCCGCGCUCGCGCGCAACCGCCUGCUCGUGCUCGACGAGGCCACCGCCAACGUCGACCCCAACACUGACGCCUUAAUUCAGAAAUCAAUACGCAAACACUUCUCCGAGUGCACAGUGAUAACGGUGGCUCAUCGACUGCACACUGUCGCCGACUCCGAUCGAGUCAUCGUCAUGGAAGCCGGUCAGAUUGUAGAAUCAGGUCAUCCACACGAGUUGCUACAGAAAAGUGACGGCUACUUCACCCGCAUGGUGAAGCAAUUGAGUCCCGCCUCGGAGCAGAGUCUCCGGGAGCUAGCCAGCAACGCCUACGCGCAACACAUCAAAUACGUGGACGCCGACGAACAAGGCCAAUCUUAA